AUGCCUCCAAUCAUUUUUGAGUUGGUGUGGCCCUGGCUGGAAGACGAGGUGGUCCCGAUUGAGGUAGAUUGGGAAUCGGGAGAUUCUGUUAUGGAGGUAGCAGACGUGGUAGUCGUUUGUUCACUGUCGACACUGCUGGUGAGAGUGCUAUCCGUUGUUGUCGUCGGCUUGGCCUCUGUUGUUGAUGAUGCUGUCGUCUUCGUCGUCCUUGUGGUCUUCGUGCUUGUCUUCGACGUGGCGGUCGCCGUGACCGUUGUCACCGAUAUCGUCUCUUUAGUGUUCUCUGGCUCCGUCGAAAGCGACUUGUCACCUUUCGAAUCCGGACAUCCUGAGCCACAGGGAUCAACGGAGCAGCAACCUCGGAAUCCACCUGAGCAGACAUACCACUCUGUGCUGGGUGCACACGCCGUAUCCUGA